AUGCUGCAAGGCGGCUGUCGUUUCGAAAUCCGUCUCUACCGUGUCCGUCUUUGUUACAGUUACAGUAUGGAUGGCCGCGACAAGUUGUCGACUAACCCUCCCGUAUCACCAGAUGGGCCCCAACCGCGUCUGCAAGAUGAGGCAAGGCAGGCAAGGCGGUAUUUUGGCUCGCCAUCUCUGUAUCUUGUGGACAAGCGCAGUACCCGUCAAGGCAACGAUUACUGCCUGUUAUCUCCCCGCGCGCACAUCACACAGCCAAGUCGAGCCAUGGACCGCUCCAAGUCGGGUCGAGAAGCCGUCUCUCGCAGCCGUCUCUCGCAGCCCUCUUCAUGUCGUCCCUUGAUUCCCGAAAUAGGCUUUCCAAAUUUAAAUAUAUGGCGGCGGUUUCAACUUGCUGCGGUUCCCCCUCCUCUCGCCACUGCCACUGGGCGACAUGACAGCUCGUGCCGCGUGCAACACACCGCCUCCAUUGGCUUCAUCAACCUGCGAAAUAAGCUGAUGGUGGCGCCAUCCUCUACUGCCGACAGCAUCAAAGCGCAACUUGGAAGCGCUCGUCCCUCGCCUCGCACUGUCGAGAAACAGAAAUGGCAACAGAGCAAGGGUCGGGGCUAA